CUGCAAAUCUAAAACUGUCAGACUCAUGAUUUUCUCGGCCAUGCACAGCGCAUCUUCAGGUCAGUGAGGACUUGGUGGCACAUUCUUAGGUCUAUAUCAAUGCUCAGCAAUGUCGCAUGUCUCAUAUUCCCGGUCGCAAAGAUCACUCGAUCUUAAGGACUCCAACAAAACGCAUUGCACCCAUCGAUGUGACUCCCAAUCCUCCCAACACCCUCGAGCGCAUCUACUCAAACUACCGUUCUGAAAUGCCUCCUGGAGAGAACAUAGGCGAUACUUCUGCGAAAACCUUUGCAGAGUUGCUGUCCGGUCCGCUACUGGAGAUCACCGUAGGUCCUGACGGCCGGCAGUGGAUGCUCCAUCAAAGCCUACUCAUCCAUCAUACCCGGUUCUUUGACGAAUCAUAUACUGUCAACGGUGAACACAAAAGGAUAAAGGACGGCAAGCUGGAGCUGCGCGACCAAGAUCCGAGCGCCUUUGAGCUGCUGCUCAAAUGGAUCUAUCAAGGCAAGAUCGAUGAUGUCUCCUGGAUGCCGAAAGACGUGAAAUGGGACUAUGCAUACACAUGUCAGAAAUUGUAUCUACUGUGCGAGACCCUCGGCCUUCAAGAGCUCAAAAACCUGGCUAUCGAUCAGUUCCGUCGAGGAUGCCACGAGGCUGGACUGGUCCCCGGACCUGAAGAGAUGAAACCUGUAUAUGAGCAGACUCGGCCAUCGUCGCCCUUUCGGAAGCUGGUCAGCAGGAUAGCUGCGCGGCAAAUCAUGGAUCCAGCUUCGGAGAAGGAUGCUUCGUCGUACAAAGACUGUUUCGCGCUUUCACCCGAUUUUGCCGUUGACGUUAUCAAUGCAAUCAAAGAAGGUACUGGAGGCUCACUGUUUGAUGAUCCGACCGAAGGAAACUCAUGCAGGUAUCAUGAGCAUGACGAUGGUGAGACUUGUCAUAAGACUGUAAAGUUCAAGGACAUGUCUUGAUGUCGCCCGCAAAGAGUAGUUCCGGACGUUGGGAAGGGUCAGGGAUACUCGACGAAGAAUGAUAUGCUGGACGAAUAUCAGACUGUCUCUUGGACUAUGUCUGGACCUACGAUGCAUUCUACGUGACACCAAAGUUGUCUGCGAGGUCCUUCGAUAAAGAUGCCCCAAACGCCGGUCACUGUUCAACUCUGGAAAAGACACUUUGGACCGAGCCACUCAGCUGUUGGUGGACAUUCGGUCAGAACGUGUUAAUUCCAGAGACCAGGAAAUGUGUUGGCUGGGUUCAAAAUAUGUCGGAAAUCCGAAACCUCGAUGGGUGGUUCUGGACAGCAGGAAAACGUGGUGAUGAAGUUAGGUUGGAUCUGCCUUUCAACGCAAAACGUGGCGCCAAGGCUGGAUCUGUCUCGAAUAUAAGUUUCUACGACACGAGCAAUAGUUCGCU